AAGGAAAGACUGGAUGUGGCACUGAGUGCUCUGGUCUGGGUGACAAGCUGGUCUUCAGACAAGAUUGGACUCGAUGAUCUCAGAGAUCUUUCCCAACUGAUUGAUUCUGUGAUUCCCCAGUGCAUGCUGUCUCCCCCUGGAUAGCAUCAGUCCUGCUGCCAAAAUUCCACUGCUCUGUGUUUUAAAUUGAAGAGAAAAUGUCACUUUACGAUGACUUGGGGGUUGAGACCAGCGAUUCCAAAACAGAAGGCUGGUCCAAGAAUUUCAAACUGCUGCAGUCUCAGUUGCAGGUGAAGAAAGCAGCUCUCACACAAGCAAAGAGUCAGAGAACAAAACAAACCACAGUCCUUGCUCCAGUGAUUGACCUGAAACGAGGCAGCUCCUCUGAUGAGAGACAGAUUGUGGACACACCCCCUCAUGUAGCAGCUGGGCUAAAGGAUCCUGUCCCUAGUGGUUUUUCUGCAGGAGAUGUGUUGAUUCCCCUGGCAGAUGAGUAUGAUCCCAUGUUCCCAAAUGACUACGAAAAAGUGGUGAAACGUCAGAGGGAGGAACGGCAGCGGCAGCGGGAGCUGGAGAGGCAGAAGGAGAUUGAAGAAAGAGAAAAGCGUAAAGACAGACAUGAAGCCAGUGGGUUUUCAAGACGACCAGACCCAGAUUCUGAUGAAGAUGAAGAUUAUGAAAGGGAGAGACGGAAAAGAAGUAUGGGAGGAGCUGCCAUUGCACCACCCACUUCUCUUGUGGAGAAGGACAAAGAACCUGUAGCAUCAUUCCCAUAUGAGGAGGAGUCAAGACCUCGGGCACCUUCUUCCAAAGCAGCAAUUCCUCCCCCAGUGUAUGAUGAGCCAGAGAGACCUCGUUCCCCCACAGGACCCAGCAACUCCUUCCUCGCCAACAUGGGGGGGACAGUUGCUCACAAAAUCAUGCAGAAGUAUGGUUUCAGAGAGGGCCAGGGGCUGGGCAAACAUGAACAGGGGCUCAGCACAGCACUGUCAGUAGAGAAAACAAGCAAGAGGGGUGGCAAGAUCAUUGUUGGUGAAUCUACAGAGAAAGAAACGGGCAAGAAGGCAGAUUCCAAUCCCUUAACUGAGAUCCUGAAAUGCCCAACUAAAGUGGUCUUACUGAGGAACAUGGUUGGUGCUGGGGAGGUGGAUGAAGACCUUGAAGUUGAAACUAAGGAGGAAUGUGAGAAAUAUGGCAAGGUUGGGAAAUGUGUCAUCUUUGAGAUCCCUGGUGCCCCUGAUGAUGAAGCUGUAAGAAUAUUUUUAGAGUUUGAACGGGUUGAAUCUGCCAUCAAAGCUGUUGUUGAUCUAAAUGGAAGAUAUUUUGGAGGCAGAGUGGUGAAGGCUUGUUUCUACAACCUGGACAAGUUCAGAGUGCUGGAUCUGGCGGAACAAGUUUGAUUUUAAAAAUCUAGCUCGAGGUGUCAUUGUUUUGGCAAUCACGUUUUCAGCAGUAGGCUGGGAAUAAAGAAGAGAGAAGUAGCUUUCCUAGCAGACUGGAAACAAGCCUCAUUGAAUGGAUUUUACACAUUCGUUGUGACUUAUGGUUUUUUGUAAUAUAAAGCCCUUUGAAAUUAA